AUGCCAUCUCAUACCAUCAGUGCCCUGGAGGACAUCUCCCAAGUCCUUGGGCCCCUUCAUAAGUUCACAGAUGCCCUUUCCGGAGAAAAAAGGGUCACCAUAUCAACUUUGAAACCUGUCAUGGACCACAUCACCAGAGAGAUUCUGAAGGAUUCUGACGAAGAUUCUGUUCUCACCAGUCAAAUUAAGCAGGCAAUCAAAGAUGACUUGAAUGACCGGUAUUCAGUUGAUCAGCUGCAACUCAUAGAUCUCUGUUGUUUCAUCGAUCCAAGAUUCCGUGCUACCUUCUCUGCCAAUGUUGAAGAGACAAAGAGGAUCUGCAUUAAAGAGGCAUUGAAGUUCAUACCUCCCACAGCAGCACCCCCAGGUAUGUUCCAAUGACAAAAACACAAUAGAAUCAAUUGGUGCAAUAAAUACAACUAAUUUUCAACAAACUAUUUCUGAUUUUGACAUCCCCAGAGCAUGCACCAAGAGAGGCUCCUCUGGAAAUGGCAGGGCCUUCAAGCAGUGAGAGGCAAGCCACUGAAGCCAACAUGAACACACAUACAGGAAUCCUGAAGCACAUCACCGCCAGACGAGCAGCAACAUUACACCGGGAAGACAGUCCUGCAAGUGGAGCAUCUCAGAGCCCAGAGCAGAAGUUGGUGACGGCCAGGCUAACUGAUUAG